UUGCAUUUACUCUGGAUAUUUGAGUCUAAUGUUGAAAUGUGUUUUAUAAACUGAAACAUGAAAGUGUGACAAAUGGGGCGUGGGGUGCAAAUACUUUUUCACAGCACUGUAGCUAAACCGAUUUGCUCACAAUUGUUAUAUAUUCUUAAACCCUGUCAGUUACAGAACAUGUACAAAUCACCUCCCCUGUCCUGUCAUGGUGAAAUGCAAGCUCAUAGGUGUGCCUAAGAUGACUCCUUGUAUGAGCAAUGUGAUGAAAUAUACAAAAUGGAAAUUCCUUCUUACAAGCAACUUUGGAAAAUUCCUCAUGCACACACAAAACAAAUCUUCCUGGUGUGAAGCUUUAAACACACACCGAUUAUAAAAUGCUGUAAACACAUAUUGAGUUCAUGAGAGCUUCGUUCCAGUGCGCCUCCCUUUUGUUGACAUAUUUUAACCUUGCAGGCUUGCUUUCUCUACACAGCUCUCCCCUCUCGACCCAUGCUUACAAUAGUGCCUUUAUCCCUAAACCUUUCAUAAGCGCUCAUUUCCUGUAUCAGUAUCUGCCCUACACUCUCUUGAAUUUAAUCAAAUUAAGGAAGUAUGGCUCCUCCUCAGACAAUCCCACCUCUUCAAACACAGAUUACUUUACGGAGCUACACAUGUCCAUCUUCCAUUAGUUUAAACUGCAACAGAAGUGUGGGAGCAAUUCUUAAGGACAAUGAAGGCUGGUGCGAGACUCCUGUCGGCACUGACUCUGCUCCUCCUACUGGGGGCAGUGUUCACACAGAGGCCUCGGCCAAAGAAGCCCACCAGGCGCCCAGCUACCCCCAGAAAGCCUCCUGCUCGUCUCCCAACUGUACCACCCCAGCCUGAGCCAAAGGAACCAACAGAUUUCCCCCCACCCAUCCUGGGCCCACCUUCCAUCUUUCCUGACUGCCCCCGGGAGUGUUUUUGCGCCCCAAGCUACCCGAAUGCGCUCAACUGCGAGAACCGGAACAUUCGUGUAAUCCCAGUGAUUCCAUCCAGGACUCACUACCUGUAUCUCCAGAACAAUUACAUCUCCGAGAUAACCUCGGAGCCCUUCCUCAACGCCUCUGAGGUCCGCUGGAUCAAUCUGGCAAACAACCGUAUUCAUCGGAUAGAUAAGCAGGUGUUUGAAAAGCUUCCAUCACUUCUGUAUCUCUACGCCCAACGAAACCAGCUUAAUGAAGUCCCUUCAGGCCUCCCAGAAACUCUGGAACAGCUCCGCCUUAGUAGGAAUCGUAUUUCCAAGAUCCCACCUGGGGCCUUCAACAACAUGGGGAGCCUGACUAUGCUCGAUCUGUAUCACAACCAGCUGAGUGACAGUGGCCUGGGUAAGAACAGCUUUAAGGGCCUUACGAACCUGGUGCAGCUCAACCUGGCUCAUAACACGCUGAGGAGGAUGCCUACUAGUAUACCAACCAGCCUCGUGCAGCUUUUCUUGGAUAGGAACCGUAUCGAUGACAUCCCAAAAAACUUCUUUGACAACUAUGUUCACCUGGCUUUUGUGAGGCUGAACUACAACCAGCUGAGUGAUAAAGGAGUUCCCAAGAAUGUGUUCAAUGUCUCCAGCCUGCUAGACUUGCAACUGUCCCACAACCAGCUCGCUUCGAUUCCUUUGUUCAACAGUCACCUGGAGCACCUGCAUCUCGACCACAACACCAUUGAGAGCAUCAAUGGCACCCAGAUCUGCCCAUACAGCGUGCAAGCUGACCCGAGUGAUAUGAGCCAGGUUCCCAAGCUAAGGUAUCUGCGUUUGGAUGGAAACCACCUGAACCCUCCCAUCCCUCUGGAUGUCAUCAUGUGCUUCAGGCUCCUUCACUCUAUUGUCAUUUAGGAAAAUGGGGGCUUGCACAUGCAGUACUGUGCAAAAAUCUUGAGCUGUGCGCCAUUUCUUUAUAUUUUGUUAUUAAAGUGUGAAAAAUGUGCUUUCUUGUCAUUUCUUUAAGUGGUCUCCAGAAAUUGUUCGCCGGGCUUCUUAAAGGACAUUCAAAGCUCUUCAUUGAAUGUUGGCAUCUUUUUGUUCUGUUCUCUAUCAAGAUGAUUCCAUACUGCUUCAGUAAUGUUGAGGUCUGGGAUCUGGAGAGGCCAGUCCAUGACUGACAGUGUUUAAUUGUGUGUUUUUCUAUCCUGGUAUCUUUUACUGCUUUGUCAGUGUGUUUGGGAUCUUUGUCAUACUGAAAGUUGAAGCUUCUGCUAAUCAGAUACUUUGCAGAUGGUACCACAUGGUGGAUCAAAAUCUGACUGUACAUUUCUGCAUUAUUGAUGUCAAUUGAUUUGACAAGAUCCCCAACACCACUCGCUGAAAUGUAGCCACAAACCAUGACAGGGCCUCUGCCAUGUUUGUCUGCAGACACACACUGUGCUACAUCUUUCUUGACCUCCUCUGUACAUAUUGACCAUAAUUUGAACUAAAAAAUUCAAAUUUUUGGUUCAAAGAAGACCUGUUGGGACUGAUAUUUGCUCCCAUUCUUGUGUAAUUUGACAUACCUUAACCUUUUCUCCAUUUUACUUAAUUAAGAAUGGCUUCUUAACAGCCGCUCUUCCAUUUCUGAUGAGGCUUCAGUGAACAGUAAAUGAACUGAAGGGUCAGAUGCAUCUCUCGGGUCAUGUUUCAGAUCUUUGCUGGAUUAUUUGACCUAUUUCUUCUGAAUAUAACUUUCAGAAAAACUUUUAAAAGAUUUUAAUUUCUUGGAGAACUGUUGCUCACUACUAUAAAGAAUUACAAGAAAGUCUGGCUCCAAAACAACAAGAAAUGAGGGGUGGCUCAAGACUUUUACACAGUACUACUGACACACACACACACACACACACACACACACACACAUAUCCAUGAAAACAUAGACUCUGUGCUAAGUGCAUUUCAUUGUAAAGUAUGGUGUUAACCCAGCAGUAGACGCUGUGUUACUGUAAUACUGAAAGAGGGACUGCAAAUAACUGCAAAACUUGGAUGGUUCAAGCUCUUUUAAUUGUGAUGACAAAUUUAACUAUUGCCAUUUUUUGGACAGUCCCAACAUUACACUACAAAUCAGCAUAAAAUGUGGCUAUGCUGACAUUUAGAGUUAGGCUUCUGUAGUAGUUGCAGUUUAUCAGUGUUUUUUGUUUACAAAACUUCAUGUAAAGAAAAAAAGUGAAAAAUAUAGCUUGAGCAACGUCUGAAAACACGGGGACAUUUACAGACAUGCUACAGACAUAAACGGUAGUUAGGUUAACAAGAAUAGGUCAACAGAGUGGGGCAGCAGUCAGAGGCAACGAAUAACUACGCAGUGGAAGUUAAAAGAGAUAACCAGCUUUAAAUAACUAGCUCCAUGUAGUUAAAACUGUUUCAAAUGUGCCUGUGAUUUUCAAGAUACUCUUUGUAAAAAUGUCAUUUUAUUCUUGUUAUCCCUAAUCUUUUGUAUAUUAUUCUUCUGUAUAAAGAAGCUUUGUACAAACAAUGGAAAAUAAAAGUUCUCCUUGAUCAUCUGA